CCAAAACAUGACUUCACAACCUAUAAUUUGUAGAUAAAACCAGAGUAACAAUGAAAACUAACUUUGUGCCUCGCGUUAAUCAGUUGGACUCCAUUCAACUGGACAGCGAAAUACAGAACCUGCUGCGGCAACAAAUUCAAAACAUCCUCCAGUGUCUACCGCCAGGCCUUUUAAGUCACCUUCAACCGGAGAUAAACUUUGUGCUCAACUCGGCGCUAUGGAACUUUUCUCUUCCCAAGUCGUAUGCAACGUUCGGCCAGCAAAUGUUGUCGAUAGCAUACGAAAAAGACCAAUUACCCUCGGCAAAGCUGGGUCUUCACUACCUGCUAACGACGUUGCUUCCCUAUAUUAAGGAAAGUUGCCAAUUCCGUCUAACCAGUUGGUCGCUGCUGCAACGAGUUCUUUCUGUAGUGGAAAAUGCGCUCGUUUUGUUCAAUCUGUUGAAUUUCUUCAAGUUCCUUAAAUCAGGCAAACAACCAUCGCUGGUGGACUGUUUGCUGCGCAUCAACCACCGUUCUCUGGACGGCGCAAAGCGUCGAACUAUCGGAUACUCCUACAUGACGCGCGAGUUGGUUUGGGCCGGGUUUAUGGAGUUGCUGGGAUUCACCAUACCGUUUAUCAACUACCAUUCGUUGAAGCGAAAGUUAAGAAACGCCCUACGGCUUGACCCGUACCAGCAGCCUGUCGAGCGGGUUGAACUGACCUCGGAAAGCAAAUGCGCUUACUGCAACGAACGUGUUAUCCUUCCUCACCACAUGGGUUGCAGUCAUGUGUUCUGUUACUAUUGCCUUAAGGGCAAUCAAUUAGCUGACGAGGGAUUCGAAUGUAACGUCUGUGACUACCGGAGCGAUUCGUUUAAGAAAGUUUUAGUUUUGUAGUAAAGUGAUUUUUGUUUUUCUGCUUGUUAUUGGAUGAGGUUACACAUUAGUACGAUGUACGGGUUAAAAGUUUACGGAAAAUAAUUACAAAGUUCACUAUGAUUAAGUAAUGUGUUGCAAAAUUC